UCAGAAUCUGGGAUAUCCGGGCAACUUCCGCAAAUCUGGAAAAUUUUGUGUUGAGUGUCAAAACAUAUUUGCUGAUUAUGCGAUCAUCAUGGAAUGUGAAAGAUAUUAGACAAAAAGUUGCAAGGUAGCCGGACACAAUGGCUGGUAAAAUGGCAAAAAAGUUUAACAUUCGGGGGAUGUUUGACGGUCUCCGACAAUCUGUCAGCAGCUCAUCUCCGAAAUCAGAAUCCGAUAUCGAAGAGACAAUUCGGUCUGAGGACAUUCAAGUGGCGAAGACUGUGCGUCAUGGGUUCCCAUAUCAGCCGACAGCGAUGGCGUUCGAUAGCGUACAACAUAUUCUUGCCAUUGGAACCAAGUCUGGCUCCCUCAGAAUAUUUGGACAGCCAGGUGUGGACCUCCACUGUCACCAUGGCGCUGAUGUCUCUGUCCUCCAGAUUCUAUUCCUUGUGAAUGAGGGAGCACUGGUCACAUUCUGUUCGGAUGACAACAUACAUCUUUGGAACUAUCGACAGAAGCGGCCAGAAAUUGUACAUUCCUUAAAAUUCCAAAGAGAAAGGAUAACAUGCUGUCACCUGUCAUUCCAAAGCAAGUGGCUGUACGUGGGGACGGACAAGGGCAAUGUACAUGUCGUCAAUAUCGAGUCUUUUAGUCUCUCUGGAUAUGUCAUCAUGUGGAACAAAGCCAUAAGCCUGUCAAGAAAAACCCAUCCAGGCCCGGUGUUACAUUUAAGUGAUUGCCCUCUGGACCCUAGCAAGUUGCUGAUAGGGUUUGAGUGUGGUGCCAUCAUCUUCUGGGACCUGAAGAACAAGUCAGCAGAUUGUCGACAUCAGGCCGCAGAGCCCCUGCGGUCAAUAUCGUGGCACAGUGAGGGCAAACAGUUCAUGUCCAGCCACUCCGACGGCAGUCUUUUAACCUGGAACGUGAAAACCCCCGGGAAACCCGCCAGUAUUAUCACACCACAUGCUAAACCAGGCAAAGACGGGAAGACCGAACAGUGUAAACCUAUAACCAAAGUGGAAUGGAAGUCCGUCAGAAAUGGUUUGUUGCGGUCCUUCUGGCAUGGAUUGAGGUCAAGUGAUCCGCUGGUGAUAUUCUCUGGCGGGAUGUCAUAUGACCGUGCAGGAAGGACCCCCUGUAUCACUGUCAUGACGGGGAAAACCACAACCGUUCUUGAAAUGGAACACACCGUCAUAGACUUUGUUGUCAUGUGUGAAACUCCCUGGCAAAAUGAUUUCCAAGACCCUUAUGCAAUAGUAGUCCUUCUGCAGAAUGACCUUGUUGUUAUUGAUCUCACUUCUCCAGGGUACCCAUGUUUUGAAAAUCCGUACCCCAUGGACAUUCAUGAAUCCCCCGUUACCGCGUGCCAAUACUUUGCCGACUGUCAAACGGACCUUAUACCCGCCCUCUACUCUGUCGGGUCCUCAAAACAGAAACGCUCCGGCUUUAGUGAAAAGCGCUGGCCUAUAAAGGGAGGCGAGUGGGGCGCAUCAACCUGUAGUUAUCCUGAAAUAGUUGUCACUGGUCAUGCAGAUGGGACAGUCAAAUUCUGGGAUGCAUCUGCAGUGACUUUACAAGUAUUAUACAAGCUGAAGACUGCCAAACUGUUUGAGAAGCCUAAGAACCGAGUGUUAGAGGGACAGGAGGAUGAUCCAUUUGCCAUCUACAUGAUCUACCUGGACCAGGAGAGCCGCCUCCUCACCCUUGCCGGGGCCACACAUGUCAUGCUAUUUAAAUUCUCCAAGUCCGAGGCCACGCUAGAGGUCCCGUCUCUGGACGUGUCAAUAGUGUAUGAGGUGUUUGACGACCUGGACUCUCCGGAACUGGAUUACCCUAAGCCAAGUCUGGGUGUGGCCUCCCAACACAACCAUAGUGGGUCCAUGGGCUCGCAUAGCAGCAACGCCUCUGACUCUGCCAAGCAAUCAAAACCUAGCUUAAGCGUAUUAUCGCAACAACAAAAGUCUGGCGGUAGCAUGGGCUCAUAUUCGUCUGAUGGGACUCGCCCUGAGCAGACGACAGCAUUGCGUGUCCGGCCUGGGUCGCGUAAAUACCCUGCAGGCUACCAUCCAGACGUUGUGUGUCUUCUUACUUGGACAGACAAUGAGCAUCCCGGAAAUGUGACCAGCAUCUGCACUAACUCAAACUACGGCCUGUUAGCGUUUGGUAAUGAGUCUGGCCUUGCUAUUGUGGAUAUUGUACAGAAGUCCUGCCUGCUCAACCUAGGGACUCCAGAUUUAUAUGGGUUCAAGGAGAAUCACUCUCACCUUCUUCAUCACCAACACAACAACCACAACCAACAUCCCUGUGUAUGUAGUGACGAGAAGCCCGUGGGUUCGAUGGACCCAUACCAGCGGGCCCCUCGCUCCCCCCGGGGUAAGAAACCCCAGCCCACCCCUCUGGACGGCAGUAACCCAGCUCUCAAUGAAGAUGGUGCUAGAUCACCCACCAGUGAUCAACCUGUGUCCCCUGAUAGUUUAACACCACAGCCCCCUCCCCGUAGACGGCGACCUAGUAAAAAACUGGUGUGUAUCAGUGAAAACGAGCGUAAUACUCUAGAAAACCAGCCUCUAUCAGCCCCCAUUCUAAAGGGACAGUCUUUUCAGUUCAGCAAUGAACAUGAGGACAAUGGACAAAUGUUAAGAAAGAGUACAGGCUCACCCAUCGAGGAGGUGGCUCCCCCGGACCUCAACCUUAUACCCCCUACCCCUCUCGUUCUGAGGAAGGAGAAUGAGAACAGGGAAGUCCAUUUUCAGUUAAAACCAACAAACCAGACUGUAGAUCAGCUAAAGCCUGUGAUCCCUAAAAAGGCCCUGGCUUGUAGGACAUCCUCUUUACCUUUGGUACCGAUGCCGCGAGAUCUUGUUGAUGAACCAAUAACAAACAAGAGCAAAUCUCAGUCGCAUGAAAACUUUCCCACAAGUCAAACUGAUCCAUGCUUAACUGAAACUGAGAAAACCUUACCUCAGAGAAUAAACUCAACAGAUUCUGACCCCGAGGUGAAGCACCAUUCACACAGUAGACACAAAUACACUAUUAAGAGUUUCAAAAAGAGGUUAAAACAUGGCGGUAAGAGAAGAGAGAAAAGUUCAGAGAGAAACCAUAAGACUAUAGAAACGAGUGAUAAUGACCAAGGCUUAGAUACUGAAGGCUCGCAUGAUGACCUAGCCAGUCACGGGAGCAGGUCAGAGAAUGAAGAAUACCCUCUCACAGAUGAGGAUGUACUCAGCCCCUCUGAAGAAUCUGUAUUCCAUGAAGGGAAGAAGGACGGAUUUUUUAGGCGAAUGAGUGUGAAAAUGAAAAUGUUUGUUGGAAAGCAUGAAGACGAGGACCUAGACCAUGACUCAGAGAAGAGGUUGAAGCGUAGCGACCAUUGCUACCUCAUUGUUACUGACCUUACAGAUGACACGGAGGGGAAGCCGCCAGUUGAAAGGAAGAGAUCAGUCCAGGAAAUGAUGCCCCGUACCUCUAAUGAUAAGAAUGAUGGCUCGUCAUUUUCGCGAUCUCGCAGUUCUAGCAUGUCGAGUCUGGAAAACGUCUCAAGGGAGGCAAUCCAGUGCCUCGUCUUCACAGACUCAUACACCCGCAAAUUUGAUAAUUUCACGAGUCCGUGUUUGUGGGUUGGGACCAGUCUGGGCUCAGUCCUUGUUAUAGUACUAAACCUGCCGCCAUCUGGGGACCAGCGGUUAACACAACCAGUCAUUGUCUCCCCCAGUGGAACUAUAUUCCGUCUGAAGGGGCCGAUCCAGUGCAUGUCUUUCCUUGACUGUAAUGGGGUGAUCAUUCCCACACUGACGUCGGGGGCGUGGAGAGACUCGGCCAGAGAUGAAAUGAAGAACUCAAAACUACAAUCCACACCUCAGAAGCUUAAGCUAUCACCCAGUUCCUCUACAGAAGUGACUGAUAGACAGUUUGCCAUUAUAUGUUCAGAAAAACAAGCCAGAGUGGUAUCAUUGCCAUCUCAAACAUGUCCUUACAAGGCGAGAAUUUCAGAAAACUCAUUUGUGGUGAAAGCCGAUGUCGUCAAUCUCAGGGGUGACAGUGUGUGUCUGGCGUGCUAUGUGGCCAAUGGACACAUAAUGGUCUACAGUCUACCAAGUCUCAAACUGCUGCUCGAUAUAGACUUCUUGCCACUUUCUGAUCUCAGAGUUGCAAGAACCUUCUGCUUUAGUAACAUUGGCCAUGCAAUGUAUAUGUGUUCACCAACAGAAUUACAAAAGAUUACAUACUCUGCUGAAUUUUGUGAUAAUCUCAGUGAGAUGCUAGGGGAGCUGUUCCUACCCAUGGAAACUCCAGAGCCCCCGAAACAGGGCUUCUUCAAAAACCUGUUUGGAGGAGGCCCAUCUAUGCUCGAUAGGGAAGAACUAUUUGGAGAAUCUAGCGGUAAGAGUGCUCGUGGCCUGGCUACACGGGUGCCAGGGUCUGGAGGCAUACAAGGACUCCAGUCACAGACACAAGCUACAGUGGCUGGAGAGGUCUCACGUGCACGACAGUUAUUGUCCGAGCGAGGUGAGAAGCUAUCAGGCGUGAGUGAGCGUACGGAGGAGAUGGCAAUGCAGGCAGAGGCGUACUCCAACACUGCCCAUCAGAUCAUGUUAAAGUACAAAGACAAGAAGUGGUACCAGUUUUAGCGUCUAUUUCACAACUUGUGUCACAUCCGUGUCAAGGCUGCAUUCGGCAAAGUGUAUCCUCCAUGACAUGCCUGCAACAUGCAGGUUCAUCACCUGUGUCUCAUCUGUAGGGGCCAGGUGUAGCACUUGUGUCACUCCUACCAUGAACAGUAGGGUAUUACAUUUACAUGUGUAUAACCACACACACUUGGAGAAGGGCAGUUGGCUGAGCUAGUGUAUAACAGUAUACCACGACCAGCCAUGGAUGGAAAUUGGACAUGUUGGACAUGUAGUUUGCCAAUAAUUGACAGUGAAUGGAUGGAUAAACAGAAGAAUGUGCUGAUAUUAAGGAAACAUUAGUUCCUGUUGCUGUUUGAGGGAUGUUUUGUCUAUAUCCAAGAAAAUGUGAUAUAUUGUUUCCUUGUGAAAGGGACUUUCUGUGGAGCUUGUUAGUGGAGCCAGUUUGUGGCCUCUAACUGUAGGGAUGUCUGCCAUUUGGACAGUGUUUGUCGACCAAAGAUUCAUGUUACGCCAUAAAUUUAGACCAUUUUUGUACUGAUGAUAUUGUACUAGUGAUAUGAACAUGCAAAGUUUCGUUUGCAUACAGUGAUUUCAGCUCUCAAGUUCUGAGUGUGAAGUUCAUGUAUAAGAGAAUGACAUUGGCUAAUAUGUUAACUAUUUAGGUAGUGGCAAAUAUUCUUAAAUCUGAUGACUGAUACUAUUUCUAGUUCUCACCAGUUCCCAACACAAUGAUGUGCUCCUGUAUUGUCCGAGCUUAUUUUUUUCGUUGUUAUAUUUUUAAAUUUGUUAAAUGCUGUUAUAGAUUUUAACCCAAAGAAAUGUAGUUUUACUUGCCAAGAAGCCAGUUUCAUAUUUCUUGCAGUACCUUUAGGGUUGAAUUAUAUCCAAAUAAAAGAUAUAGGCAUCCAUGGAAUUUUUAAAUAAUGAAUUGACUGAUUGAUGUCAAUAUCAGGGUAUGAACACAGUUGGGCUGGUUAAAGUAUGUGCGAAGAACUCCAUACUUACUUGAACAAGCCCAACUGCGUUCAUAUCUCGGAUAAUGACAUAAAUCCUCAAAACUAAUAACAAGAUUGUAACCAUGUAUGUAAAAGCAGAAAGCGCAAAAAUAUUGGUGAAUGCUAAUGAAUGCUAAAAGAUUUGCUGUGGUUUACUUUAGUCUCAUGAGGUAGAAAUACCGUGUUUUAUGCUAGUCUCUUUCAAAUUUAUCUCGGUAUCCUUCAUCAGGAACAUUAUUUUUGACAUUUAUUCAUCCUUUUUUGGUAAAUUAAAACAAUAUUAUUUAUUGUGGUAUAUCUUAUUUGGGAGUAAGAGUGCAUCUUUAAUAUGUUCAAUCACUUUUUUUACAUAAAAUUAAAACAUGGAUGACACCAAUAUAUUUAACGGAAUAAACACAUGACUGUUGAUUAAAGUUUUACGUGGCCUGCUGACACAAUACAAAUGAUAACAAGAUAAUUUUCAAUUUAUAUUAUUUAUUAAUACACAAUGAUUUGUGAGACUUGUUAAGACAGCUGAUGGUGUAAUUUAUAACCAUUUAUUGAAUAAACGUGAUUAUUGAAGUUAAUGUUGGGAAAUUAGUCAUUCAUGGGUGCUAUUUAGUUGAUAAUUACUUUGCAGGUAUAGUGCAUUUUUUGUUUCGAUAUUUCAGUGUAAGUGUGUGUAUUCGGUGUUCUUAUUUCUAAACUCAUUAAAAACAUGGUUACAAUGAACAAGUGCUGUUCUUUACAAUGGUAUUAGUGACAGUUCGAUACACUACUGCUGUAUUAUUUUGAUUGUCAUACACAUACAUUCGAGCUAAAAUGUAAGUACCUAAUCAAGUUGGGAUUAUUUUUUUGCAUAAGCUUAUUUUUCUAGGCAAUUUAAUGAUUUUAUAAUUUGUUUCAUACAAAGUGAAGCAAUUCAAACCCCAUUUUAUAUGCCAAAAUAUUCUCUAAGAAUUAGGAAAAUAACUGGUAUUCCCAUUUAUUAAAAAAAAAAAUUACGUAAUAAUAUAAACAGCAUUUAUGUGUAAUUCAAUAAAUGAGAAUUAUUAUCUAGGUAAUAUACAUUUUCAGUGAAAUGUGAAGUAAGAAUAGUUAGACAUGAGACUGGAAUCCAUUGCAUGAGUUUUGUUUCUUCACCUCUUUGGGUGAAACUAUACCUAACAGCUUGUAGCCUGCCUCUUUAUGUUAUACAUUCUGUUAUAUUAGUUUGAGGUAAAUUAAGCAUAUGGUGAACUAUGUAUGUUACUGUGUUUUCAGGAAGCCUGACGAUAUUCUCACAUCACAUGUAUAACAUGACCCCAUUCUCAUUCAGAUGCACGGCAUGGUAUCAGUCCAGCUUUACCGGAACUGACAACUAGCGCAUUAUUCAUCUGGUUAAGGCCGGAAGGUACUAAGCGGCAUUAAAAUAAAGAAGGUCUUGGUAGCUUCUGGCCUUAUCCCCAUGAACGAUACAUGUACCUAUGAUAUCUCUCUAUUAUGUUUAUGCUUUACUGGCAUAUUUGUGUUUGCUGAAUCGUAUAUCUUCAUUAAGCUUUGUAAUUCUAUCCUGUUGAUACUUUUAUAUAUUUUAUUUUGUUGAGUUUAUUUGUAAUGACCAUGCUUCAUGCUGCAUUAGUUUAUAUAUUAUUUCUUCAUAGGGCAUAUGUGACAAUAUAUGUGUGGUUCAAUACAGGUUAUGUAUUCAAAUACAACUAGAUUACAAUUUAUAUACAUGGACAGUUGACAAUACGCUUAAAUCGGAUUACAAAUGCCCUCGAUUAUUACCUGCUUAACUUUUUUUAACAAUAUACUGUAUAAAUUCCAAAUCCAUGUGCACCUGUUUUUCCGGGUGAUCAGUUGACUGGGCAAUAUCGCCAUGGAUUUGACAGUUAUAUAUAUUUAUAUAAGGGUGUUUUAUAAAUAUUUAUAUACAGGUGAUCGGUGUUAUUUUCAAUAAAGAGUACUUCAUUUUUAUUCAAUGUGAACUCGUUGAUAAUGAUAAUUAUUGAAAAAAUGGGAAACACUCAACAAGUGAAGACAAUUUUGAAAUACAAAAUUUCAUUGUGUAAUGUUGCAUUUUCAGCAGUAUGAGAAUGUUUUUUUUUAAUUAAAGCAGUUGUAUUGAUUACCAUUUAAUUAUUUAUUAUAAUCAUUCAGUGUAAUAUUAAAUGAUAUUUGGAACUGCAUUGGUUUAGUUAAGCUGUGCAAGACUUAUGUGCAAUAUUCAUAGGUGUGAUAUAAAUUUCUUCAGCUUUUAUUGUGUUGACACCUAGGGAUAAUUCUGUCUACAUCGUCAUACACAUCAUACUAUCGUUUUCAAUCAAUCACAUUCACAUCUUGUUACAGAGCCUUUAAACUUUGUAUGAGCUUUGGAUGUGGUCAGUAAUGACCCCUAUUGACUUUGGGUCAGUAGGUCCGAGGUCUAGGUCAUCAUGACCUUGACUAGAACAAAUGAUGGGCUCUGGCCACACAUCCGAUUCUAGGAAUUCUAGUUUUCAAGUUUUGAAAUCCAUGUUCUACAUUCCCCUAAGAUGUGGUUUAGUGGACCAAAUUAAAAUAUAACAUUCCUAAUAAGGCAAAUUGUAUGUUUCGAACAAGCAAACAUUCAUGCUACAACCUUUAUUGUUUUUCAUUCCUAUGUUAAAUAAUUUGAAAUCUGACUGUACAGAUAUUAUUUAUAUGUAACUAUUGAUGUUAUUUAUGGGCAAUUUGGUGUUAUAAGUAAUGAAAGGAAAGGUUUUAAAUAUAUACUAAUUUAUUUUGAUGUAAUAUUAGCGAUCGUUAAAACCUCUACAUGGCAGAGUGUAAUAGUUUGAUCCAACAAUUAUUUUCUAAAAAAAGACUCCUGUAAAUAAUCUGAUUGUCUUCAACAAGUUGAAUACUAAUUAAAUAAGACACCUGCUGCAGCUAAUUGUAUAAAAGUAGGUAAUUGUUUGGUUUGGUCAAAGUAAGCCGAAAAAUUAAUUGAUUGGUCAAUAUUUAUCCAUUCAUUGCAAAUAACCAAUCAAAUCAUUUAAAUGUGCAACCGAACCAGAGUUACCUAUGGACAGCUUAACCAGCUUUUUACAAUUGGCUGCUGGGGCUGUAUUCAUGAAUCAUCUGAAGUUAUUUCAUAACUUGAGUUAGGAUCUUAUUUAAGAUGUUUUUAUAAAUACCAGCUAUGUUGUACAUUUACUAUUGGAAUCAUUCCUCUCAUUAUAUAUAGUUGAAUUUGUUGUUUUUGGGUCAUGUUGAUGUGUUUGGUGUCUUGCAAAGCAUAUUUUCAAUGAUGUAUGGUCAUAAUCCUGGUACAUGUGAAAAGUUUACAAAGAAAAAAGGUGAAUCUUUUUAAAAAAAAAUUUUUAUUGAAAAUGUUCUCAUGACGAAACUUGUGUUUAUGAUUAUUAACAAUGACUACGCCAAUGUCUGUAGCUUGGAUUUUUUCUGCCUGAAAUAGACUUGAUUGAAUGUGUGUCAAGGUCAGUCAUAGUAAUAUGCUGAAAUAGACUUGAUUAAGAGUGUGUCAAGGUCAGUCAUAGUAAUAUGCUGAAAUAGACUUGAUUAAGAGUGUGUCAAGGUCAGUCAUAGUAAUAUGCUAAAUAGACUUGAUUAAAAGUGUAUCAAGGUCAGUGAAAGUAAUAUGCUGAAAUACACUUGAUUGAAAGUGUUUCAAGGUCAGUCAAGGUAUAAAACCAAAUAGACUUGAUUGAAAGUUUGUAAAAGGAGGUCAAGGUCUUGUGCUGAAAUUGAAUUGAUUGAAAGUGGGUCAAGGUCAUGUGCUAAAAUAGACUUGAUUGAAAGUGGGUAAAGGUCAGUCAAGGUAAUGGUGUGGAAUUGAACUGGAUUUAAAUUAUGUCAAGGUUGUCAAUGAAAUGUGCUCUGCAUGAUCCUGAAACACAGCCUUCAGGCCUUUGAAAUUGAGGUGUACUAUAAAACCCAAUCAUUUGUGCAAUAUGUUUGUUAUUGAUUGAUAUAUUAUAGAUUAUAUAGCUGCAAUUUGUACAGAUUUUUAUGAGAAUGUGUAUAUUUUAUUGUUUAGAGCAUCCCUAUUGUGUGUUUGAGUAUGAUAAACAAAUCAGAAUGAGGAAAUCUCGAUUGGAUGUUAACAUGAGAGACUUGUCUGUGCUGGGUAUUAAUACCUACAUCAUAUAAAAUGUAUGGUCAGUGGGACAUGUAUAGCAACUUUGAUGAAAUACUGUCUUCGAUAUUAGAGAUGAGGCUUAUUUAUCAACUCCUUAUUAAAACUCAUAGUCUUUAUAAUUUCAUACAGUUUGCUAUUUUGUAAAGGGAUUGUGUCUUAACCAUUCACUGUAUAGAAGGAGAGUAGAAAAAACAAUCUGAAAACAAUGAUUUUUAUUUUAAUUUAAAAAAAAUAAUACUUCAAACAAAUUAUUUUGAAAGCUCAACAUUUUGAUAGUUAUACUUGGAUUAGUUAUGAAAAAAGAACAGUGAAUGAAAAAUUCAAAACCUUUAUUUAUUAUAAUAAUAUGCAAGCUAUGGUUGUAAGUCCUGUGUGAAUGUUCUAGUCCUUAUUAUUUGUAUAACAAGCUCACCCACUAGUUAACUUGCACAGUUUAGGGUGUGUGUAACCAUGUAUGACUGGCCACUGUGUAAAUGGCACAUCUAGGAGACUAUUGUAGUAUCAUCGUUCGGCCUAAACUUGGCUUAAGUUUCCAAUAUUUUCUGUUUUAAAUUACUCUUGCAGAGUUCUGAAAAUAAUAUUAAUAUAUAUUGGUUUGAGACACAUGUACUUUAAUUAGAAAAUAGCACUGGUAUUUAUUUAUGUUCUCAUAAACAAAACCUUUGUAUAGUUAUUUUAGUCAUACUCAUUGCACAUAAUUUUCAUUUGUACAUUCUAAGGCAUAUGGACUAGAAUAACUCAGUAUGAAAUGUUUCAUUUUUUGAUUGUUUAUUGCGUGGCUGAUGAUGCAUGUUGUUAAUCAAUGUUCUUGUUUUAUUGAUACAAUGUGAUUUCCUGUAGAUCAUUCUGAACGGUCAAAUAAAUCCCUUAAACAACG